AUGUCGGUCUUUCGUGCUGCUCCCGCGGGGGUCUUUGAGCUUCAGCGCAGCAGUUCGUUCCGAGCCCCCGCACCCUCAAAAUACCAAAAUGAAGACGCCCAGCGCGAAGCUCCACGGGAAGGAAGUGAUUAUGUGGAUGAGGAAGAAGAUGAGGAGGAAGAGGUUGACGAGUCAGUACGGGAAGAUAUGACCAAGCUUGAGGAUACCUUUCCAGGCAUCUCGGAACGAUUUCGAUUAAUUAAUCGAAUUGGAGAAGGAACCUUCUCUACCGUGUACAAAGCCGAAGAUGUGCUAUACGACCACUACCAGAACGAAUGGGAUGUCUUUGCGCGAGCACAACAACAAGAGGCAUGGCCAAGCCCCCCCUGCCAAAAGACUCCAAUUCGGAUUCAAAACGAACUCGAACUUCUCCACGAUCUCCGAGGCUGUAAAUCAGUCUGCCCUCUCAUUACUGCAUUCCGGUACCAAGACCAGGUCGUUGCAGUCCUUCCUUAUUUCCCACACUCCGACUUCCGCAUCCAAUACCGAACAUUCAUGGUGGCAGACAUGCGCCAUUAUCUUCGAUCACUCAUGACAGCUUUACAAUCCGUUCACGAGCACGACAUUCUACACAGAGAUAUCAAGCCAACGAAUUUCCUUUACAAUCCUGACCUGAAAGAAGGCGUACUUGUUGACUUCGGUCUUGCAGAGAACCAGGGAGCUGAGUAUACCAGCCAGUGCCUGUGUGCCCAUCAAACCUACGUUCGCCGCAGCAGGAUUCUCUCCAGCUACUACUCAAAAAACCCACCAUCCCUUGGUCUGUCAAAUGGAUAUCCAAAGAACGACUCGCGUCCGUCGAGACGAGCAAAUAGAGCAGGCACCCGAGGAUUCCGUGCACCCGAGGUUCUAUUCAAAUGCACAUCCCAAACCACGAAAAUCGACAUGUGGUCGGUAGGCGUUAUUCUUCUCACUCUACUGGGACGCCGAUUCCCGUUCUUCAAUUCGGCUGAUGACAUCGACGCUAUGAUCGAGAUGUCAAGUAUCUUUGGAACGCGGCGCAUGAAGACUGCAGCGGCGAUGCAUGGCCAAAUAUUCGAGACCAAUAUUCCAACCAUUGGAGAAAAGGGCUACAGCUGGGAAAAGCUGGUGAAAUGGUCCAGCUGCGUUGAAGAUUUGACUGAAAGUGAGCAGCAAGCCACACGUCUUUUGGCCGGGUUGAUGGAAUUAGAUCCCAGCAAACGGUUGAGUGCCGAGGAGGCACUGCAACAUGAGUUCUUUGUCGAUCCAAUUCAUCAUGAUGUUGAAUGGGGCGGUAACCCCGAAAGCGGAGAUUCCGGCGAGGAAGAAGAUGCCGGAGAUGAUGAGGCAGAUGAGGUCGCGAUGCUAUGA